AUGCUCCCUCCCUACAGAUAUCUAUUUGCCUUCUACUCUUCCAUUUUGCUUGCCCUUAAGGCUCGUGCUCUCAGAAGAUACUAUAUUAGCUAUAGCUGCUCGGGAGAAGGUUUGAGCUCCGGGCUGAGGGAGAUCAGUCUUAAAUAUAUAAAUGCUAGUGCUAGUGCCUACUCCAAUAACCUGCAAAGCUCUAUUCAAAUUCAAUAG